AUGAAAUCAACCAUUGAUCCAUCAAAUUAUCAAACUCUGCUUGAAGGCCAGAAUUUUCCUCAAUAUCGCUGGGUGCGUCACAAUUACCAUCACAAUUUAAUGAUAUACCAACCACAAGACGACUACAAGACAACAACAAGACAACCACCAAGGGCAGCUAUUAGAUUGAGAUGGACGACCAACACCAGCACUGGAAACUACACUCCCAGCUGCUCCAAGCUGCUCCCCAGUCUUUGCGCUGCUACGUUAUACUGUCAACGUUAUAGUUUUGGAAAGUUUUUGGCAAAAAUCUGCUCAAUCAAAAGCUGUAUCUACGUUCUGUAUUAUUGUAACGAGAAUCUAAACAUACGCUAA